AUGGUUGCUCCACAGAAGAAUGUUCCAGCGGAUAAGAGGUUGGAGACUGUUGAAGAAAACCUAGGAAAAAUCUUGGAUGAACAACAGCAACAGAAAUUGGUUAACCAACAGCAAGCAAGGGCGAUUGAGGACAACAAGAUCAUGCAAAAUGAGAUGAUGAGAAAGCUGGAUGCUCUGUUGGGGAAAGUGGAGAAGAUAGAACGGGGGAAGGGGAAUGAAACACCAAACUCAGGUAUACUCACUCCAGAGUUUAAUCCCCGAGACAAGAACAGUGGUCAAGGAAGCAGCGGAGAUGGUGGUGCCGACGAUUACAUAUACCACACUUUGGCUGUACAAGGAAGUGGAGAACUUUGCUUAAAGUACAUCUUUUCAUUUGGGAUAUAUGCACGAAGUCCUCUGUUAGAAAGGUGUGAUUAUUUAUCUCGAUUUGAGGUGCGUUUGAACAUACCAAAUGGUGGCAUGGUUGGGCAUACCGGUGAUGUUGAGGCUAAUGUUGUAGCAUGCAAGGCUGCUAAAGAAGUUGUUAAGAUGAUCUUGGAUGUUGUAGAUCAAGUGGGUGGAAUAUUUGUGGUGACUGUAGAUCAUGGUAAUGUUGAGGACAUGGUGAAAAUGAACAAGAAGGGAGAGCAUGUUCUUGAUAAAGAGGGAAAUGUUCAAAUUUUAACCUCUCACACUCUUCAGCCAGUAAGUUAG